GAAUCAUGUAUCGCAAAUCCUGCGCUUCUUCAGCAGCGUGUCUGAUAGCCUCUGCUGGGUACCAGUCCUUUUGUUCUCCAGGGAAGGUGAACUCUGUUUGUAUCAGCUGCUGCAACACUCCACUCUGCAAUGGACCCCGGCCGAAGAAGAGGGGGAAUUCUGGCGUGGUGCUGAGGGCCAGGCUGAUAACCACUGUUCUGGUCCUUAAAUUGGCUCUUUUGGUUUUGUAUUGCUAA